UUCCAGGAAACUUCACGUUUAACUCUCAGUCACUUCCCUCAGUGUGUUAAUGAGCUGGGCGUGUGCUGCGGGUCAAAGACCAGGAGCUGUCCGGUCCGGGAUUAUUAAAAUGACUCUGUAUUCCACGGAAUGUGGAUUAUAAGGCAGGUGAAGAAGAAGGGGUUCUCCCAAACUAUUUCCGUCUUCAUUCCUGACUCAGAAUGACCUGCUGUGAUUGACGAGCGCAACAUGGAGAUCCAGAAGAGGUUUUCUUCGUGUUGGGAGAGUUUUUUGGCAUGUUUCAAAAAACCCAACCAGUCUGGAGGCGACACCGGGCGCCAGAAGACCGACACGGUUAUUUCAAAUCCCGGUGCGAAAACUGUGGAGGCUGGCUUUCCGUCUAACAGGUCCUUACCGCCGCUGCCGGUGGAGAGAACCGGGGCUUGUUACAUCGCCCUGUAUGACUACUCGGCCCGCACCGAGGAGGACCUGAGCUUUAACGCCGGGGACACUUUAGAGGCUCUGGACAAAAGUGCUGGUGAAUGGUGGUUCGCCAGAGCCCUCGACGGGGUCUCGGCCUCCAAACAGGGGUACAUCCCGGCUAAUUAUGUGGCACCUGUGGAGAGUAUCGAUGCAGAACCAUGGUAUUUUCCUGACACCAAGAGGCUGGAUGCAGAGAAGAUGCUGUUGGCAGGAGGGAACCAGCACGGAGCCUUCCUCAUCAGAAACUGUGAAAGUCAGAAAGGGGAGUUUUCUCUCUCAGUACUGGACAGUGGGAAGGUGAAGCAUUACAAGCUGAAAAAACUGGAGAAUGGGCACUACUUCGUGUCGAGGACCCGAUCCUUUCAAACAAUUAAUGAGUUAGUGGAACAUUACUCCAAACAGGCCGAUGGUCUCUGUGUGCGUCUGGGUGAACCAUGCAAAAAGAUGGAGGCUCCACAGACUCAUGGUCUGUCAUACAACACUGUGGACCAAUGGGAGAUUGACCGCAAAUCCAUCAAGCUGCUGAAGAAGCUGGGAGCCGGUCAGUUCGGAGAAGUGUUUGAGGGCCUGUGGAACGAAACCACAGCAGUUGCAGUGAAGACCCUUAAACCUGGUACCAUGGACCCUGAGGACUUUCUGAGAGAGGCUCAGAUCAUGAAGAGGCUGCGCCAUGCCAAGCUGAUCCAGCUGUACGCUGUGUGCACCAUGGAGGAGCCCAUCUACAUCAUCACAGAGCUGAUGAAGAAUGGCAGCCUGCUGGAGUACCUCCAGA